ACAUCGUUUUUCUCUCAACGAUGAGACUCUCUCAUGUGGAGAUGAGAUGUUGGAACAAAUGUUCAAGGAAGACCCUGAUAACAUCCCCGAUAGUUGGUUAGAAGUCGAGGACGAGGACACUCCCUCAGAAAGCUCCCAACCCCCCGACACCGAUGGUGUUCCGCCUGCAGCCUAUGAUCACGAUUUUUGGGAUCCUUUAUUAGAUGAACACCUCGGCGCAUCAGAUGUAGCUGAGGUAAUGGCCGGGAUUCAAGUUCCCAAAACUGCCCCCCACAUAAUACACUGCACCACUGGCAAUGCUUUCGAUCAUACAGUCCUUUUAUCUGGUGAGGAGACUACUGAUUGGAAGAAAGAUCUAAACUUUCACGGUGUACACCAGAGGGAACGUCCACAUGGACAAUCUUCAUCCAAGUCCACAUCCACUCCACAUUCAGAUGGGUCCACGCGUACACCUUAUUCUAUGUACACCGAUCGUCCUCAACAAAGCACCCCCAUACCGCCAGUGCGCGAGACACGCCCACUCUCUGAAAUUAGCGAUGAGGAAUUCGACGUACCUCCUCUCUUUGACGACAUCUCAUACGAAGCUGAUGACGUCCCUGACCUGAACUUCGACGACCCCGACGAAGAACCAACAGUGGGCAAGCUAUAUGCAUCUAAGCAGGACUGUCAAAUUGCCUUAGCUAUCUACGCAAUUAAGGAACGUUUCCACUUCAGGCAAACUCGCACCACAAGGCAUUCAUUUGUUCUUAGUUGCCACGACACUCACUGUGACUGGCGGAUAUUAGCACAAGAGCUCACCACUUGUGGGUACUACACUAUCAAAAAGGCGAACCUUGUACAUAUUUGCCCGUUCGAAUCUCGCGACCUUUACAAAAGACGAGCAACAUCCAAAGUUAUUGCCCACGUCUAUCGUUCCCGCUAUGGAGAACCAAAUGUUGGACCCAAAUCAGCGCAGCUGCAGCAGAUGGUUUUGGAAGACCUACGUGUUUCUGCUUCAUAUAUGAAGUGCCACAGGGCAAAAGGAAAAGCCAUAGAAAACACCAUCGGUAAUCCAGAGGAAUCCUAUCUGGACAUUGCUUCAUACUUUGAACGUCUGAAAGCCACAAACCCUGACACAGUCACAGCCAUUGAAACAGAAUUAGAUAACCUGAAUCAGACUCGUUUCCUUUAUGCUUUUCUAUCUUUUGGAGCUUCCAUCCAUGGUUUCCGUCGAGUCCGACCUGUUCUCAUCAUCGAUGGCACACAUCUCUCCGGGAAAUACAAAGGUGUUCUCCUCACGGCUAGUGGCCAAGAUGGCAACUUCCAGGUAUUCCCCUUGGCUUUCGCUGUUGUUGACGGGGAGACCGACGAGGCUUGGCACUGGUUCCUUACUAAAGUGGAAAGGAUAAUUGCUGAUUCUAACACCCUCACCAUCAUUUCUGACCGUCAUGCCUCUAUUCUAAAAGCCAAGCAGAUCGUGUUCCCCAAAGCACACCAUGGGGCAUGUAUUGUACACAUUAUGCGGAACGUUGUCUCCCGUUACAAGAACAAAGGGUUGGCUAAAAUGGUUUGCGCAGCGGCUUUCUCUUAUAGACGCAAAGAUUUCAACGACCACUUCGGUAAAAUCAGGGUCGCUAAUGCCGAUUGUGCAAAAUACCUUGAAGACAUAGGGACUGCAAAGUGGACGCGCACAUAUUUCAGUGGCAACCGAUACAACCUUCUCACUAGCAAUGUUGCUGAGCAACUCAACAACGCAUUACGUAAAGCUAGGCCUUCACCAAUCGUUGAGUUGUUCAUGUUCAUCCAAAGGAUGUUGACUCGUUGGUUUUCAGCUAGGAGAACAAAAUCAGCAAAACACAGGGGAUCUGCAACACCAGAGGUAGAAGCUGUUAUGCAGACACACAUUAGGCUUACAAAAGGGAGCAACAUAUCAAACAUUACUAACUGGAGCUACCAAGUGAAGGGGGUAUUUGGGCACAACAACACCGUCUCUCUUGAUAAUAAAGUUUGCACAUGCCAGGUUUUCCAAAAACUGAAAAUCCCUUGCGGCCACGCUUUGUUAGCGGCUGACUCGAUUGGUCUCCCACAUUCCAACCUUUUUGGAGAUUGCUACAAAACACAGACAUGGAGAGAAACCUACUCUGGGGUCAUCUACCCUGAAGCCCCUUUAGGGGACCAUGAUAUACCUCCUGCCAUCGAUAGUCUAGCCCUCCAGCCUCCCAAAACCCGCAGGCCCUCUGGUCGUCCCAAAGAAAACCGAAUCCCUUCUACAGGAGAGAUUCAGGUAAAUAAACACAACUUAUGUCUGUCAUAUUCUCUUACCUCUGAUCUUACCUGCAAAAUUUUACUUUUCAGGUCCCAAAGAUAACCAAAAUCAACAGGUGCGGUCGCUGU